ACUGUUAUUUAAUAUUAUUUAAGUAAUUUAUCGGAUUUACCAUUAGGAAAUCGAAAUAUUGACAUAAUAUCAAAAAAAUUACUUUCGGCGGCGAUAGAUGGCAGCUGGUAAGAGCAUGGCAAUUUCGAAAAGCUAGCCCAGACCAAAGAAAAUAGAAGAUGAAUAGGAGAAAGUCUGUGCCAUUUGUUUAACUAUUACUUGUCUUCUCUUUCAUGCUCUUCUUCCACGUUUUUCCCACUUGUUAUCUGUAUGUUAUGCAUACUCUGUGAAAAGUUUGUAAGUUCUUAUAUUUUGUCCCACUGUACAUUCUCUGGCCAUAUAGAACUUCCGGAUUUUGUAUUUCCCGUGUGGUCCGCUCCGCGCCUGCUCUCUCGUGGUGGAAGAAGGGCCUCAUUUGUGAUAUAGCGCAAUGGCGGACACCCAAAAGAAGGAAGCACCGAAGAAAGACGCCCCUGCGAAAAAGGAGCCUCCUGCCAAGAAGGAUGAGGUUUCCAAAAGUACUCCACCGAAAGAUGCUGCGAAGGAUGUUAAAAACGAUGGCAAGAAAUCUGGGAACGUAAAGAGGGGUGGCAAGCUGAGCAAAGCUAGGCCUACUGGGAAAAUGAUAGGCAGAAAGGCCCAACCAAAAUCCAAAACCCCUAAAGAAGGGGAACAACCCAAGGCGCCAGGAGCCGCAGGUGAAGGCGUUCCUACAAAAUUGCCUGCCGUUCCCGAAAGUGUCUUGAAGCGUCGUAAGCGUCGGGAUAUUGUCAGGAAGCAGAAGAUUGCUGUUGCUCUCAGGAAAAGUGUAGGUGCCAAGAGACGCAGAGCUGAAAUUUUCAAGAGGGCUGAGAAAUACAUAAAGGAAUAUCGCCAGCGAGAAAGAGAUGAAAUCAGGUUAGCUCGCCAAGCCAGGAGCCGUGGCAACUAUUACAUUCCUGGCGAGGCAAAACUGGCCUUUGUCAUCCGUAUUAGAGGUGUAAAUCAAGUUGGACCAAAGUCGGAAGGUGCUGCAGACUCUUCAGAUUGGAGACAGAUACCAAUGGGAUUUUCCUGAAACUUACAAGGCAACAAUCAAUAUGCUGAGAAUUUGUGAACCUUAUGUGACAUGGGGUUAUCCCAAUCUCAAGUCAGUAAGAGAAUUGCUAUACAAGCGGGGUUUUGCCAAGAUAAACGCCCAAAGAAUCCCAAUUACCUCAAACAAAAUAAUUGAGAGGAAACUAGGUGGUCGCAAUAUCAUUUGUGUUGAAGACUUGAUUCAUGAGAUUUUCACAGUUGGCAAAAAUUUUAAAUAUGUUACUAAAUUUCUCUGGCCAUUCAAGCUAAACACUCCCACUGGAGGCUGGCGAAAGAAGACCAACCAUUAUGUGGAGGGUGGUGAUUUUGGAAACAGGGAAGACCAAAUCAAUAAAUUGCUCCGGAAAAUGGUUUAAGUUUUUGUGUACUAUAAAAGUGAAUAAUAAAGUGAUGGGAGAAAAAGGAACUUUGUUAAAAUAAAUAGCUUAAUUAUUGCCCAUUGAUUAACCUCAAUUGAUGGCUAUACUGGAGUUUUCAUUUCUAAAA